AUGAAGAACGCCCAAAAGGCCAAAGCAAAGAGCUUCUGAUUUUAGGCUUUGUGGUAGAGUCACCUUACGUUUUGUUCUUCAACUUCCACCCCAAAUUACUCUCCAAUUUCCAAUUUCUACCCUUUCCUCUUCUCCCCUCCCUCUUCUUCUAUCGUAAGUUUCUCUCUCUUCCAUUUUCCAUUGAUCCUUCUCUCUCUUAAUAAUCUAUCUGAUUAAAGUUUUUCGGAUGUCAUUGAGAUAAUUAUUAUUAGGCUUUGAGGGAAGAAGAAUGAGGUUGUGAUUUUUGUAGUGUAAUUUAAGAAUUAGGGGAGAAGGAAGGGAGGAAAUCAUACACAAUGCCAUCUUUCCCAAGGAGCUCUAGCUUGGAAAGGGUGCCAGAUAGCGAGAAAAAGAGUAAUACAAUGGUGUACCUCAAUGUUUAUGAUCUUACGCCUGCGAACAAUUAUCUAUAUAUGCUUGGUGUUGGGAUCUUUCAUUCCGGUAUCGAAGUGCAUGGCAUGGAAUAUGGGUUUGGAGCACAUGAGUACUCAUCAAGUGGAGUAUUUGAGGUGGAACCUAGAAGUUGUCCGGGCUUUAUCUUCAGACGAUCAUUAUUGUUAGGCACAACGGAUAUGUCUUAUUCACAAUUUCGUUCUUUCAUUGAGCGCGUUUCAGCAAAAUAUCACGGAGACACUUACCAUCUGAUUGCUAAGAAUUGCAACCAUUUUACAGAUGAAGUUUGCCAACAGUUAACAGGAAAGCCUAUCCCUGCGUGGGUAAAUCGGUUGGCUCGUGUCGGUUCUUUUUGCAAUUGUCUUCUGCCAGAAAGCCUUCAGGUUGAGGCUGUUAGACAUGAACCUGAUCAUCUCGUACAUUCUGAUGAAGAGGAAUCAGAAUCUGAUAGCCAUUCCGAGUCAGAUGAUAGUGAAGAGGAAGGUUCCAAACACCAUUUGCUAAAUUCACAUAAUGGUGAUGUCUCCUUUAUAAAGGAAAGACCAAUGGACGUCGAAUGAUUUUCAUGUGUUGCUUUAGUUGUGAUUAUUAUUAAUAGUUAAUUAUUAAUAAUAAUAUUUAUUAUUUUUUUCUUCCUUCAAAUUCAACUGUCUCCUUUCCGAGUCAAUUGUAUCUGCAAUAGUAGCUCUCAGUGUAACAAGUUUUCACAUAAUAGUCUGUAUUGAAUCUCCUGUAUGUUGUGUGCUUCCAAAUGGAGUGGCUUGCGCUGUAAAUGCUUUCUAUGUACAGACAAAAUUGUUCUGAUAUGCCGUUCAUCUGAUGUGUAGAGAGAUCGAGUGUAUUUAUGGCUUUUUUUUUUCCAUCAA